AUAACCGACGACGAUGCCGCGACAGGCUACUGUGCUUGCUGUGAAAGACUCGCUUUGUUCCGAGUUUGGUCGGCUGGGGCAGAGCCGAGACAACCAGAGGACACGCCCUCUAUAGAAUCUGCGCACGCGCACACGUCUGGCCAUCUGAGAAAGAGUGCGGCGGCUGAAACAGUACAGCAGAAUAUGUACCCAAACCAACACCUGAAGCCAGAAAUAUCUUCAAUUGAAAAUGACGACGCAAGAAGAGUAUACAUGAUUCCCGGGGACGAAGAACCUAAAGAGAUAAUCUGCAGCACACGACUAGCACCCAAACCCAGACCAGACACCAGCUUUCAGAAGAUCUGCAAACACCAACUGGGACUCAACCUCCGCUACUGCUCUAAUUUCUACGGGAAGGCUGCGGCAACGGGGGACUCGGGACCAGCAUGGGCUGUGUGGGACCCAAGAGUCUCACUUCAGUACGGAACGACUCCACCUUCCUCGACCUCACUGUGCAACAGAUAGAGGUAUAGUAAUAUACUCUACUCAGUGUUUCCAUAUACAGAUCUGUGCAUGUUUCCAUAUACAAAUCUUUGCAUAGUGCUGUGUCAACUCUUAGUGAUAGAAAGAUCAUCACACGCUGACCAAACUGGAGUAGACCGAUCAAUUACCUGUUGGUGGUGUGACAUGUACAAUCACUGAAGCAUUCACGUUGCAGAUGUUGCAGAUGUAGGUGUCAUUUUGUUCUUCGUAAGCAGUGAGGAAGGUGAGUGUGUUGCCAUCAUUUACCACCUCAGGAGGCAGUUCUCCAUUUGGUUUUCGUGGUAGAAUCCACCGAGCUGGGUGCUGCUCUUGGUCGACUCCUUCGAGACCACAUGUCAACACUUUAUCCCUUGAUUCUGCCUCCAUCUGGUAAUAAUAGACUCCAUUCACAGUGUUCAC